AUGGGUAAACUGGGCUGGAUCCGCGUCGGAUUAUAUAGCGCUUUACUUGUAUUCUCUUUUAUUCUUCUCGCACUCUCCUGUGCCAGAAUCAACUACACUCUUCAUAUUCCUCGCGGAGACCCUUUGAACGGUGGAAGAGAUUUCUAUGACCCGGUCAUCCCUGAACUCAUCUUCACGACGUUGGUCACAAUGAGCUGGUCUGGACUUAUGCUCUUUGUAUUCUUCGACGAUGCUUUGAAAUUGCGAUUCCUCAGACUCUAUGGCGACGAACUCAUUGGUUUGGCAAUUCUCUGGAUCUUCUGGAUCGGAGGAGCUGGUGCCGCAUCGAGUCUCUGGGGAGACUUGUCGUUCUGUCAACAGUUUGAGGCGUGCCGGAUCCUAUCUGCUCUUGAGGCGUUUGCAUGGCUCGGGUGGCUUAUAUUGACUGCGAUGAUCGUGCUUUCGAUUGUAGUGAUAUUACGAUCACGAAAUAUUGGAGGCAAAGGUUUAGCGGAACCUUUGCCAACCCGCGUUGGUGGCGAUGAUGCAGUAGGAGGACGAAAGACAAAUGUUGCAGUCGCGGUUUAG